AACAGCUGAUUGGCUGUGACUCCUAACCAGAGACCCCCAGUGCAUCCUGACGCCGUGAGAAGCCGACCCUGAAGUCUGUCGACAGCCCUCUCUAGGUAGAGGUGAGAGCCCUAGGACGUGAAUUCGGGUCUAGGCCAGGGUGAUUUAGAACGGUCCACGGCGCUGGGGUGCAGUGAGGAGAUCUCCGUCCUAACUACAGAUCCUUUGGAGAGUAUCUUGCAGGUUGAAGCCAGGUGAUUGGGUCCUGAUUCGAGUCCUCCAGAGAAAGAAUUGGAGCUCGCCCCGCUGGGAAGGCCCAUACCAAGUGCUUAUCACCACACCAACUGCCUGUAAGAUAGCAGAGAGACCAUCUUGGAUUCACCAAAGCCACUGCAAGAAAGUGAGUGACAGCCUAGACUCAUAGACUCCAGCACCCCUACCUUCUGGUGAUCUACCUGGUGAAGAUAGGGCUGAUUGGGUAUAUCCCGCCCUCUACUUCUCGCCAGUAGUCUACUCACCCAAGGAUCUAGGUGUGUUUGGCUGUCAUGAAGACACUCGCCGUCCUAGCAGCUAUCCUCCUGCUCCUAGCAGGACUCCUCGCGCUUUUCGAGGACAAUAAAGAAGACAAACAGCACCACCUGCAGACAAGAUGGACACAUGACAACUCACAUCUUCGUGACAUGACACAAGACCACAUUCACCCAUGGAUGAAUAACGCAUGGUAUCGCUACGUGCAUGACAGAACCAAGGGAGAGCCUAACAACACUGCGUGUUACGUCUGCUCCCACAUGCCAAGCACCUCAACGCAUCCCACCUUUUAUGGAGACUACAUGAACAAAACACAAGCCAAAUGUGCCGCCAGCUUUUCGGGCGUUGGCUAUCAGCAUAAUAAAAUCACCAUCAACGAGACAAGCUCAUCUACCAUCCACUCGCUUAACUUCCUUAGUAUCUUUCAGGGACCACCCCAACACGAGAUAAUCACCAUUGAAGACGCUGGACUUGACAAUGGAACGUGUGACCAACUUUUCUGGAUCAACUUCAGCGUGACAAACCGGAACACAUCCAUUCACUUCCCAGUGUUCUUGGACCAAACCCUAGGGAAGAACCACUCCAUGUGCUACCAGCAAAACAACGGUAACAGACCGCUUGGAAACACCACUAACUGUAAUCAGACCGCUGGAAGUGGAGAAGGUGCCCCUGUGAACACGACCGGCCCCUCAAAUGGCACUUACUGGGUGCAAGGAAUGGCCUGGCUAUGUGGACAACGUGCUUAUUUCAUACUACCCCCAGGCUGGACUGGAGUUUGUGCCCCCAUCUUCAUAUCAGACCACACCUUCAGGAUGACCGCUGUAAACACCACCCCAACCACACGAUGGAAAGGAAGAUCAACAUCUCCAGGUAUCCAACCACACGACCCCGUGUACGGCAGUGAUGUGCCCGAGGAAUUCAAACUAUGGACCACUGGACAGAAGGUCCUCCACUCACUGUUUCUGUGGGUUGGAACCGGAAAAAAACAUGUUAAAGAUUGAAACAUUGG